CACCAACAACAACAACAACAAUGAAACCACCACAUGCACUCUCCCUCCUCUCUCACUCCGGAUAACCACCACCACCACCACCACCACCACCAACCACCACCACCACCACCACCACCAGCCCACCGACCUGCAUCCGGCUUCGUGGGGUUGGAACUCCCUGAUAUCCGGCUUGGGGACGAGAGAGAGAGGGAGAGAGAGAGAGAGGGAGGAGAGGGAGAGCCAGCCAGGGAGCCACAGAGCCACGAGGAACGCCAUGAGCUACGAGGAAGUGUCUUGUGGUUGUUUCUGGUCAAGACUCCCCUACGGUGCUCGUGUGUUGGGAGUCACUGCAUCUCUGGUGGUGUGGGGCGUGGGCGCCGACAUGGUCUAUCACCGCCACGCCCUUGGGAUCUACACAGUGUUGUUUGCUGUGUUUCUCUUCUUCCUGGAGACAACGUGGGCGGUGACGCUGUUUCUACGAGUGUGUGUCAGGAACGAGGGCAGCCGCGUGUUGAAGUGUUGGGCAGGAGUGCUCUGGCUGGAUACCUGGAAGAAGACACUGCUGUACUGGGCUGCUGGUGGGGUGUUCCUUGCCUCUCCUCACCGCUUGUGGCUCACCCCGGUAGCAGGAGGUCUUCUGAUGGGGCUCGGCUUUCUACAUCUUCUUCUGCUGUACCGAAGGAGGCUGGACACGAAGGAGGCGCUGCUUGAGGCCAGAGAGGAGUCUUACGAGAGCCCGGACAGGUAUGAGGAGGAGCUGGACACUUCACCACCAGAGGGCACCAACACCCACACCGACUCGGACACCGCUUCCACUCACGAAUAUAUACUGCAAGUGUAAGAAACUCACAUCCACAAUGCCCCACGUCACCCAUAACACCCAUUUACCCACUCUUUCCAGCCCCCUUUACCCUUUUACCCACCCUCCAGGACCCAGGCAGGUGAAAAUAAAAAAAACACACUCUUGGCUUCGUGAUUAACCUGACAGAAUAUAAAUUACAGCCGUCAGUUGGGUGAAAAUGGGUUUAAUGUCUCCGCACGUGAGGUUUUAAAGGGUUUCUGCGCUGUACGGCUGCCUGGAGGUGCCGAGAGAGGGUUCUAAUGGGUGGAUUCUGUUCGUGUUUUCUUUCCUUGUUCUGUGUUGUUGUGUGAAAUAUACUGGUUAAUAUGACUUGA